AUGUUGGUGCAUGUUACUGACCGUCAUAUUCGCAAUUCCUCGCAACUGCACCAUCUAUUCCCUGGUUUUUCAGCAUUUGGCGUCGAUGGAGAUUCAGCCUCGGGAUCUGACUCGGACUCAGAAUUUGAAGCCUCUACGAAUUGGGGCGAAUCGACUUUAAUUGACGAAGAGGCAGCCGUUUCAGUAAAUCUCGCACCAGUCACUGGAGCUUUGGCGGUAUUACUCCUUGAUUUGAUUCACACCCUUUUUUCGCGAGCAACUUCAAUUUAUACGGAAUGGCGAACUUUACCUUCUGAUCAUCCAUCCGACAAGCCCUACGAUGUAUUGAGUGAACUAAAUGCCGCUCAAGAGGUACAAGAAAUGGCAGUCUCUCCAGGAGAACCUGACACCGAUUUGUUGUGGCAAGCUGAAUCUGUUCACUUCCUCCAUAGUCUAAAGCUGGAAGAGUAA